AUGACCGGAAAACAUGGUAUUCCAGAACUACCAUUGAGAUGUCUACGGGUGUCGAGAAAGAUACUUGGUCCACGACGGCGACCCGAUACCUCGGAAGCCAUUGCUCACCGCCCUGAAGUAACGCGUAGAUCCAAAUUACAGCUCAAUGCCCCCUGGAACCUGGCACGGAUCUCCCGAGGCCAUACCAGAAAUGACGGUUUACGACGAUACCGCUACGAUGUAACCGCGGGCUCUGGCACAUAUUUCUACCUUGUUGACUCUGGCAUCAAUUUCUCACAUGCCGAAUUCUCUGGACGAGCUUUCCGGAGAGCAAACUUCGUCUUAGGGUCACCAGAUGACGAUGAAUCGGGCCAUGGCACUCAUAUUGCAGGAAUUAUCGGAGGCAAAACAUAUGGUGUGGCUAAAAGUUGCACCAUGAUUUCGGUCAAGGUGGCUACUAAUGACGCCAUUGCGAAAGGUAUUGCUGACAGGAGCGUCAUCAACCUAUCUGCAGGCGGUCUGUACAAUUCCAGUGUCAACUUUGCGGUAAAGAAUGCUACUGAUGCUGGGAUCACGGUGGUUGUUGCAGCAGGGAACCACGCCACCUUCGCCGGUGCCUUCUCCCUUGCCUCAGCCGAUACUGCCAUCACAGUCGCUGCAAGUGGCCCCGAUGACUGCCGUGCUCCUUUCUCCAACUACGGCCGCUGUGUUGAUAUGUUCGCUCCAGGUGCUCACAUCGCUAGCGCCUGGAACUAUGUUGAUAAUGGAAUGAAGUAUGAAUCUGGCACGAGCGCGGCAGCGGCGUAUGUUACUGGUCUAGCCGCGUACUUUAUUUCCAGCGAGACCCUAAGGGGCUUUAAGGCUGUGAGGGAGCGGAUUCUCGGCGCGAGUUUGAACGGGGUAAUUACAGAUACGCGUUACAGCAGUAACCGCCUCGCAUAUAACGACAACCAUACAAUCGCAGCAGCCUUGGACCUGGUCCAUAACCUUGUUACAUCAUCCCCAAAUACACUUGUGAUGAUACAAGCAUGCGUAAACUGCCGUAUGCGCAAGACACGCUGUGACGCUGCUCAGCCAAGAUGCGGCCUCUGCGCUUCACAAAAUGUCGAUUGCGUCUAUCGAGAUGCGAAACAACCCAAGAUUGACUAUAACACUCAAGUCCUCCUGGAGCGGAUGCAACUGCUCGAGGAUCGCAUCCUUUUGUCAACUUCAUCAUCGCAGGCUCAGAGAGCUCCGCCAGAAGCUACACCUAUGAGCCAUCAUGAUCCACAGCCCGACAACUUGCAUGACUCAACCACUGAGGGCCGAGAGCCCGUCUUUGAAGUUCAAAUACCUCUUUCGCAUACGGCCAACGCCAAUCACGUUUUCUCAUGGAGCUUGGUCCAGACGCUUCUGUCAGAGAACAGCACAGAUCAACAGGAGUUGCCGAGCUAUGCAGAUGCAACUGAAGUCUUCUUUCAAGAGCAGCAGAAUAGCAAACAUCCCUCAACAACUUCGCAGCCUCUUUCCUCGUGGAAGCUCUACGAUAGCUCAUACUUUAGCUCGUCUCGUGACGAUAGUAUAGCACGACUGCACGAUUUGAUUCACCUCUAUUUUACAAAAGUCAACAUUUUCUUCCCUCUGCUGUCAAAGAGCAAUAUUCUCAAUAUCUUCGAGAUGGUAACAGCGAGAGAGGUUGACGGAAAUGAUGAGACGGCAACGGUUGAUAUGCCGCAAUACGGCCUGCUUCUCGUGGUCCUUUGUCUGGCAUUACUGAGUUCGAGUGGGCAGUCUGACAUAUGCAUCGAAAAGAACCAUAGAUACAGUCAACCCUUCUCAAACAGCUCAAACAUUCCUGAGGAUCAGCUGAGAAGCGAACUAUGGUGCAAAGCAAGGUUGAUACUUGGUUACGUCUCCACUGAUAUGUCAUUAGAAGCUGCUCAGGCCAAUAUGCUCGCAAGCAUCUACAUGGGUGCGUCGGGUGCAGUAGCAGAAGCUUUUCACUGGGCGCACGCAACGGCUGUCAAGUGCGAGAGCAUGGCCCGAUUACAAGCAAAGAACGAGAGUAUCUCUGAUGGCUUCCGUCGUUUGUACUGGAUAUCCUUCAUAUACGAAUGUGAUUUCAUAUCUGAGAUAUCAAUUGUGUCACCAUCUGGUAUAGCAAGAUAUGAAGACAAAAUCCCAUACCCAGCCUUUACUGCUGAAAACCACCCUAUCUCGCCAUCCGUACCAGAGUCAUCAGAAGCAAACUCGAUAAGGAGCCAGGAAGAGCUCGUCGCGUUUCAAAUAACCACAAACUCAGCCAUCAGACGCUUUCUGAACACUGUUAACAGUGUUGUUUACGAUGACAAGGAGCAGUUCCGGACAAGACGAUCAAACUACGCAUCUUGGCUGCUCAGAAUAUCGGAAGAUCUCUGGUCGCAUCACUCUGCCAUAUACCGCAACCUACCCGAGUUCCUCCUUAGCAACCCGUCUCAAGAUGUCCCAAUGACAGGGGCUGAUACAAGCUCUCCUGCAAGUCUCCAAUCGCCAACAGCGCGUAUUCAGGGCAUUCCAGUCGGCAAUAACUCAUGGAACAUCUUGAGACUCAAGGGGAGAUACUAUGCAGGCCAAUACAUUAUACACAGGCCUUUCAUCGAAUUCAUCGUUCUCAAUAUCGACAACUUUGAAUCGCAUCCUUGCAAAGACGCAGUUCUAAAACGAUCCAAGUCUUGUUUGGAUGGAUGCACGGGGUUUAUCAAGGUAUUUGAUGUUCAGACGGUAAAUAGUUUGACAUGUUUGUUCCCCACUGGGAUGGUCACCUUCACUAUGACUAUCAUCCUGAUGGUUGCGACGAUCUUUCCGAUAUUCAAGGAUCUACUGCCCGACGAUGUGGAGGAUGUAAUUCUGGGUGGAAAGAGGAACCUUGCUCGAUUCAGCCACAGUGUGGCAGAGUUUUCAUGGCAUAUCGAAAUACUAGAGAGGCUUGAUGUGGCUCGAAGAAAUAGAAUAGUAAGACACGAGGAAUGA